AUGAUUACUUCGGGAAUCUUGCUUAGUGCCGUUUUGGGUGCGGCAUUCCCACUGGCCAUCUUCGUGUUCCGGCUAAUUGUAAACGAGUUCUUGCUGGUUGAUUCAGCAGAAAUCGCUUCAGCCGUUUACAGUACCUCAAUUUGGUUCGCCGUCAUCGCUGUUUGUGCGUCGAUUGUGGCUUUUUCACAAGUGGCUCUUGUUGAAAUUUCCUCAGUCCGCCAGGCGCAACGUAUUCGACUGCUGUUUCUCCAGGCGAUCUUCCGACAAGAUACAGCAUGGUUCGAUAAACAAGCAACCGGCACACUCGUGAACAAAUUAUCGGAAAACAUACACAACAUCCAAUUGAGCAUAGGUUUCAAACUAAGCGAGUUCGUACAGAACAUAUCAAGUUUCGUCGUCGGUCUGAUCAUUGCCCUCAUAUGUGGUUGGAAACUGACCGCCGUUGCUUUCUGCAUGCUACCCUUCAUCAUAAUGGGGUUUGGCUCGUUUGGUGGUUUGACUCGCCAUUUCACGGUGAAGGAAGCUACUUCUUAUGCCAGAGCCAGUGCCAUCGCGGAAGAAGUUUUUCGUUCUAUCCGAACAGUGUAUGCUUUCGCUGGGGAAAAGAAAGAAGCAAAGCGCUAUGGCAGCCAUUUAGACGAGGCAGCCAAAGUUGGAAUCAGACAGGCUAGUUGUUUUGGCUUUGCUGCUGGAUUUAUCGGUUUCUCGGUUUAUGUAUCCGCUGCAUUGGUAUUCUGGUACGGAGUCAAGUUGCUGCUCAGGGACGAAUAUGACGCGGGCACAGUUAUUUUGGUAUGUUUUACAGAUUGA